GUCCACUUCCAGAGGGAACAGCAUUGUGGUGGAAGGUAGUGAUGUGAAGAGAGCAAUAUGAUUUUCAUCAGACACCACUGAGAAAAAACUUUGAGAACGACUUCCCUACAGUGAAAUUGCAGAGAAUUGCGUGCACUGGAGAGUAGCCCUUAUUGAACCAUAAUUCUAGUAUAGGAAGGAAGCCAAACACGCGUUUAAAUCAGAAUGCGACUCUGUUAUCUUGCUGAAGCCCAAAAUUCCGUGAGUAAAUUUCAGGUAUCUAGGUCUUUAGGGUGAUUAUUUAAUAAGUAAUAUAAUUAUUGGAUACCUUAAAAGUUGUUACAGUAAAGAAACUUUGAAAUUCCCAUUUAAAGCAUAAAACGGACAAAAACUGGUUUCGUGACUACUGGUUACGCAUGCUUUGGACCAUUUUUUUGUAUUAAAGACACGGUAAACAUACAUUUGUAGCCGGGAAGCAUGCUUUGGACCGUUUUUUUUGUAUUAAAGGCACGGUAAACACAUUUGUAGCCGGGAAGUGUGUUGUUCUUACAUAUGGAGAAAAGACAUUUUUACAAUACUUUGCAUGCAAAUAAUAGCGUCACUACCGAUGUGUCAUACUACUAGCUCCUGGAAACGUUGCACUCGGUUACGCAGUUUAUUACCUAGUGGGGCUGUUUUAGCACCGGAGGACAUUCGAGCUGGUGGACAUUUGGAGGAAUACACCUGAGUGCACCAAAUCCCAAGUAGUCGAUUUCUGCAGUGUAUCGCUGCACCUGGCAUUAUGUUACAUCUGGUCUUUUAUUAUCAAUAUGUUAAGUAGAUUGGGCGCGAGUAGUUAUUCUCUUGUGAUAAUCGUCAAUCAAUAUCUAGUUUAAAAUAUCUCAGAGUAUCAGUUAUACCGUGUUAUUUUCUUUUUCAUUUUCAUUGAUUGACUUGGGCUGGGAACCGUUCCGUUCCGUGACUAUUGGCCACCUGUAUGCAUAAAUUUAUGGAGUUUGUAAAACAUACACAAGCUUUUCAUUUUGAAACAGCUUGAAUAGUAUAUUUUCUGUAUUUUCUAAACGUGGGGGCGCUUAGCCUGUCCUUAUUAAUCCCAUUAAUUCCAUAGUUUACUUCUUAAGGUAAAGGAUUAUAAUUCACAGUAAAUGUUAUUGGGGAUGCACUUCCACGUACUGUGAGUAGGACUAUGAGUUUGUUAGUUAGAAUAUAAAAGUACUUGUCAGUCAAGCUCGCAUGUUAACAAGGUUUCCUUAACUUAUUAGUUCGAGCUGUACUUUGUUGAUGUUGUAUAACAACAAUGAAAUGGCGACAUUCCUCUGUGAAGAAGACGUUAUAUGCUGCUGCACGUGCAAAGAGAACCUUAAGAAGGCUCUGCUUCAGCACCACAGGAUGAGUGGACAGCAGUAAACGGUAAAUGCUGCAAAACGGCACUUUGUCCAUCAUAACCGCAGACGCAUAAGCAUGGGUGAUAACUGUACUAUUUUUGCUGCAGUUUACCACCUUCCAGAAGACUUGUAUAUAAGAAACAUUGCAUUCCCUUUAAGUUUCAAUUGUGCUGAUAUGAACUAUGAAUCUCCAGAUGAUGUUGGACUCGACAUGACUUCCAGCAAGACAUUUUAUGCUGCUAGAAUAGUAAUUGGGGUGGCUCUAAUCUGUAUCAUGUUGGUCUGUGGCAUUGGUAAUGUCAUCUUUAUAGCAGCUUUGGCUAGAUAUAAAAAACUAAGAAACUUGACAAAUUUAUUAAUUGCCAAUCUGGCCAUUUCGGACUUCAUCGUUGCAAUUGUCUGCUGUCCUUUUGAGAUGGAUUAUUAUGUUGUGAAACAACUCUCCUGGGAACACGGGCAUGUGUUGUGUGCUUCAGUCAAUUACCUCAGAACAGUCUCUCUUUAUGUCUCAACUAAUGCUCUUUUGGCUAUUGCGGUGGACAGGUACUUGGCCAUAGUUCACCCACUGAAGCCACGUAUGAAGAAUCAAACAGCAACACUGCUCAUUGCUCUUGUCUGGAUUAUCUCCCUACUAAUUGCAAUCCCAUCAGCACAUUUUACCACAGUAUCAAUAUUUUCUAUGGACAGCAAUCAGAAAAAACUUUUCUGUGGUCAGAUUUGGCCUAUUGAUCAACAGAUAUACUACAAAUCCUACUCACUUUUUGUUUUUGGAAUAGAAUUUGUUGGACCUGUAUUUACCAUGAGUCUUUGCUAUGCUCAGAUCUCUAGGGAGCUGUGGUUCAAAGCUGUGCCAGGUUUUCAAACUGAACAGAUCAAGAAAAGACUCCGAUGUAGAAGAAAAACUGUCAUGGUGCUCAUGGCAAUUCUAACUGCUUACUUAUUGUGCUGGGCACCUUAUUAUGGAUUUGCCAUUGUUCGUGAUUUUUAUCCAACUGUAAUUCUGAAGGAGAAACAUUAUGUAACAGCAUUUUAUAUCGUUGAAUGCAUUGCAAUGAGCAACAGCAUGAUAAACACAAUGUGCUUUGUGACUGUAAAAAAUAACACCAUGAAGUAUUUCAAAAAGAUAGUACUACUUAGGUGGAGGUCCACCUAUAUCGCAAGUAAAUCCAGCACCGACUUUGACCUCAGGAUAUCUGCUCUGCCCAUGACAGAGGAAAUAGACUGCCUUCGGUAAGACUAAAAAUGGUCAUCUUCUGAAAUAAGAUCAGCUGGGCUUUCUUAGUGUUAAACAUAUUUUUUUCUGUGAUUAAUGUAUACUGUUUAAUUUUUUUCUUAUUUUAUUUAUUUAAGUUAAGGCAAAUUGUUGGGAUUUUUUUUCUAAUAUAUUUUACCUUUUUAGUUUUACUUCACAAUUGCAUCUUCUGAGUAAAAAUGUUGUGCUAAUGCAAGAAAAUUUAUACAGUAAGACCUCUAUAAAAUUGUAUCUUCUUAAAUGUGGACAAAGUCAUUAAACACAGUCAAAUAAUUCUUAGUUUUUAUACGACUAGCUAUGUACAAUGUAAAAUAAUAAUGUGCACUUGUUCAAAAUAUGUUUAUUCUGCAGUACAUCUACUCAGUAGUGAAUUUUGUGAUAGCCACUGUUUUAAAUGUACUCUUUCACUCAUGGUAACUUUUUUGUAUUGAAUCACAUAUUUUUGGGUGGGUUGUUAUAUUUCAUAUCUCUAUACUGCACAAAAUGACAAUGUGAAAAAUAUAUUCCUUCCGAAAAGAAAAUUCCCAUUUGAUCUUAUAUGAUUGUCCAGUAUUUAGUGCUGAAUGUAAUGUAUAUUGAACACAAAUUCUUAAUAAAUAUUUCACAUAACAAGA